GCGUCGGCGUCUACCGGAAAGAUGGACUUCCUGUCGUAAAAAGCUGUCUUCUGUCGUAAAAAGGCGUCGUUUACUAGCAACAUUUCAAGGCUCUGCUACAAGCUAGGUUGUUUUCCUCAGUGACAUGGCCUCAGCUCCAGCACAACAGCCCACCCUGACUGUUGAGCAAACCAGAGUGGUGCUGAGUGAGGUGAUCCAGGCCUUCUCUGCACCAGAAAAUGCUGCCCGGAUGGAGGAGGCUCGAGAGAGUGCCUGCAACGACAUGGGAAAGAUGCUGCAGCUGGUGCUUCCUGUGGCCACCCAGAUUCAGCAAGAGGUUAUCAAAGCCUAUGGAUUCAACAAUGAAGGGGAGGGUGUCCUAAAAUUUGCCAGACUGGUGAAGAUGUAUGAAACCCAGGACCCUGAAAUUGCAGCCAUGUCGGCUAAACUUAAGUCUCUCCUCCUGCCACCUCUGUCGACACCACCUAUAGGAGGUGCCAUUCCAGCUUCAUAGGAAAUAUUUACAUUCAUUGGUCAACUGCAAGGUUCCUUUCACUUAAUGUUUUGGAUGUGUGUGACUGUGUUUCUGAGAUCAUGUCUAGAGAUUAAGGAAAAGUUAGAUUCAAACUCAGUACACUAAUAUGCUCCAGCAAAGAUUAAACACAUACCUUUUCUACGUUACAGUUUCAUUUAAAGUAUCCUUGCAAAACUUGUUAAAUUAUUGCUUUCGAAAUAAUUCAGUAUUUAUUUGUUACAUGUUACAAAAUCACCAUUUUCUUAUGUGAUUAAACCUUAAACAUUUCCUUUAAUGCCAUCUUUUAUAUCAUUCUUUUAUACCAUUUUUAUAUUCUGUCAAAUGUUUGUCAUUUUUUGUUAUAUAUUGAAAUUAAAAU